AUUUUGCGCUCUUCCUCUCUGUCUUUGUACUUUGCUCUGCACCCAGCAGGUUUCAGGAUAUGAUGGCUGUAUGUAACUUUUGGAUAUUUUCAGGAGUUCUAACAAUACUUUGGCUUUCUCUGGGCCUGGUCCACUGUAAUGAAGAAUCACAGCUGAUCGGUGACUUGUUCAGAAACUACAACAAGAAUAUUCGCCCUGUGGAGCAUCCUGAGGACAAGGUACAGGUUAUGAUCAAGCUGACACUUACCAACCUUAUCUCCCUGAAUGAGAAGGAGGAAACCCUUACAACGAAUGUGUGGAUUGAGAUUCAGUGGACCGAUUAUCGGCUUGUCUGGAACACGUCUCAGUAUUACGGCAUUAAAACCAUCCGUGUCCCAUACAACACUGUCUGGCUCCCUGACAUUGUCCUGGAAAACAACAUUGAUGGCAAAUUUGAUGUGGCUUACUACGCCAAUGUGCUGAUCAGUAACGAGGGCUGGAUGUACUGGCUCCCUCCUGCUAUUUAUCGCAGCACUUGUGCAAUUGAAAUCACCUACUUUCCAUUCGAUUACCAAAACUGCACGCUUGCAUUCAGGUCUCAAACGUACAGCGCCAAAGAAGUGGACCUAGUUCUGGCCACUGGAGACGAAGAUGUUACUAUUGAGUGGGUGGACAUUGAUCCUGAAGCUUUCACAGAGAAUGGGGAGUGGGCCAUUGUCCAUCGUCCAGCCAGGAAAGUGAUCAACACUCGAUAUUCCCCAGAUGACCUGGAGUAUCAGGAGAUCAUCUUCAAUCUGGUCAUUCAAAGAAAACCCCUGUUCUACAUCAUUAACGUCAUCCUGCCAUGCUCCCUCAUCUCCUCAUUGGUCGUACUGGCCUACUUUCUGCCUGCACAGGCUGGAGGCCAGAAGCUGACUGUGUCCAUCUCCGUCUUGCUGGCUCAGACUGUCUUCCUCUUCCUCAUUGCUCAGAAGACCCCUGAGACAUCUCUCGCUGUCCCUCUUAUUGGAAAAUACCUGAUUUUUGUCAUGUGUGUCACCACUCUGAUUGCAACAAACCAAAUUGUGGUGCUAAACUUCUCGCUGCGCAGCCCUAGUACACACACAAUGUCCUACUCCAUCAAGCAUCUGUGCUUGGAAAUGGUCCCUCGUUUCCUGGGCAUGUCUCCUCUGGUGGAUGACAGUGAGGUGACUGCAGAGGUAAACGGCAUAAGAGAGCGUCGCCGCAGCUCCUUUGGUCUCAUGCAGAGAGCAGAGGAAUAUGUGCUAAAACAACCACGCAGUGAAAUGAUGUUCGAUAAGCAAAGAGAGAGGCACGGGCUGACGCGGUCAAUUGUGGACAACAUUGAUGUCAGCAGCACAGCCAACCUUUACAAGAGCUUGGCUCAAGCUGCACCGGAAAUAAAGCAAUGUGUGGACGCCUGUAACUUCAUUGCUGAGAGCACAAAGCAGCAAAAUGACAUAGGAUCUGAAAUUGAAAGCUGGGUAUUGAUUGGAAAGAUGAUUGACAAGGUCUGUUUCUGGGCUGCUAUGCUCCUCUUCAUCGUUGGCACUGUGGGGAUCUUCCUAACUGGACACGUCAACAAAGCACCAGAAUUCCCAUUUCCAGGGGAAGAUAAGAAGUAUGUCCCAAGAUAAAAGAAAUGUCUUUGCUGAAACAUUUAUAUAUGUAUUUGUGCCUUGUUCAGUCUGAAGUGAGUAGGGUAUGUAUUCUCUGAAAUGUAAUGCUUCUAGGGUGAAAUCCUGGAUGGAUUUAAGAGGUCGAGUUGAUUCAGGUGAAUCCAUGUUCAUGUCCAUGCUCACUUGUCAUAUCAGGAAGAGGAUAGAUCUUAUCCUUAAUAUUUCCAAAUUGAAGGGAUGUCUUGAGAUGCAUAUUUCAGAUCCUAUGUUUUGUUGAAAAUAAUUUGAUUCAUUUCAAAAUGUUACAAUUCUGAGCAAAUUAUUGUUUGAUUCUGUGCUAAAAUGUAAAAGUUUUUAAUAUCAGCUUUAAAAUAGUCAACAACUCAGGUUAUAGGGUUGACUCAUUAAGAAACACAUGAUGAAGCCAGUUCACAGAAAAGCUGCAUUGACGUGUGUCAUAUUUAACAUUAGUCCACACAUGAGGAAGUGUAAAUCUAAUACGGUGAUUUACAUUAAUAAGGUUUUUCAAACCAUGUACCGUUUAGAGUGUAACCAUCAAUUUAAGAUAAUCCAUCUUAAAAAAAAAGUUUUUUCUUUUUUUUUUAGUUUUGUAAAGGUUUGACAAUGACUGAUUAUAAUCACACCCUUAUUUUGAAAACUGUUCAUUUCAGGUUUCUGGUUGACAAUCCAGUUUUUUUAAAACUCAUGGGAUUGCAAGGAAACUGAAAAUAAAAAAAGAACGUUUCUGUUUUCUUGUUAAUUUCGUUUUAAAAUUUCCACAAAUAGAGGCAAGCUUGGACAACAACUUGAGAGUUACAAAUCUUAUCUGUUGUAAAUUAAACAAACAUGUGCUUAAGUUUUUACAUGCACGCUUCAUUGUCUUAAAGGAACCUGUGUUGGUAUGAAAAGCCAAAAAAAAAAUCGUUUUUUGAAGACCUAUUUACUGAGAAGUCUUGUUGUUUUAUGUAGAGGGUUCAUUCUCUUGUCUGAUAUCAUUGUGCCAUUUUGUAUAAAUAAAUACUUUAUUUACUCCAUCAUUA